AUGUCACCAUCAGAUCUAAGCUCCUCGUCCUACACCCUUGACUUUGGCUCAGCGUACGAAGAACUCAACUUCACGUACAACGACACAGAUUUCAUCUUUAACCCCGAGACACAACCAUGCGACCCGUUUUCCAUCCCGGAUGCAGCUGCAAUUUUCCUCAGCAUUUUUUAUAUCGUCAUCUUCCUCGUGGCCAUUCCUGGAAAUCUGGUGGUGGGCCUAGUAAUCGGUCUCAGCAAGCAUCUGCUUCCCCCUUCGGACUUGUAUCUCCUUCACCUGGCUGUGGCCGACCUCCUACUGGCAGUCACGCUUCCGUUCUGGGCUACCGCCGUCUCAAAGGGAUGGAUCUUUGGAGAUGGUUUGUGCAAAAUAGUCACCAUCGUCCAAGAGCUCAGCUUCUACACCAGCAUCCUCUUCCUGACCUGCAUCAGCAUGGACCGCUACAUGGUCAUUGUUCGAGCAAUGGAGGCCCGGCGGUCAAACCGUCAGCUAGUGAGCUGGGGAAUCUGCUUGGCAGUCUGGUCCGUUGGAGCUCUCCUGUCUUUGCCAGGACUCCUGUACUCAUCUUUCUCAUCCUCUGGUCACAUGGUGUGUGCCGAGUACUAUGAUCCACGCAGUGCGGAUGAGUGGCGCCUGGCCACAAGAAUCCUCCGCCACACCCUCGGUUUCCUCAUCCCUCUGGCCAUCAUGUUGCUCUGCUACGGUGUCACCAUCCAUCGCCUCCUCCACGUACGUGGUGGAUUCCAGAGGCAGCGGGCCAUGAGGGUGAUCGUGUUUGUGGUGGUGGCAUUUCUUCUCUGCUGGACACCAUACCACUUCACGGUGAUGACAGACACCUUCUUCCGGGCGAAAAUAGUGCAGUACAGGUGCCCUGCUCGGACGGCUGUGGAUCAGGCCUUGGUGGCCACUCACAGCCUGGGACUCCUGCACAGUUGCGUCAAUCCGGUGUUGUACGCAUUUGUGGGAGAGAAGUUCAGAAGGAGGUUGCAACAGCUGAUGAGGAAGGCUGGCGUCCUGGAAAGGACGUCAUUCUCUAGGACAAGCAGGUCUUCGGUCACGUCUGAUAUAACGUCUACAUUCAUGUGA